GCUGCCUGACGAGCAGGAGAACACCUGCAGCGAUGAUGAUUGUUCCGAGUCGUCCUCAGUCUACGGUACUUCCUCCUCCGCAUCCAUCGUGAAUUGCUCCGGUGUCGAAGAGCCCAUGUCGUUGGAGGCGAAGGAUGAGCAGGAGAAAAGGCCGGCUCUCGUUCCCAGCCUUUUCGCGCACAUGCCUCCCACGCUGUACUUUAGCACCGCCAAUGAGCAAGUUGAAAUGCUGCCCGAGGAGCAAAGACAACUUUUAAAGUGGAAGAUCAGCACCGUGACGCCCAAUGUUGUGAAAAACACAAUCAGCAGGUCCCACUUCACACCCACCAAGAAAAGCCAUGACUGGAUGGGCUGCUGGGGCCACCACAUGAAGUCUCCUUGCUUCAAGACUCUUCAGGAGCACCAGAAGUUGAACCACUUCCCCGGAACCUUCCAGAUUGGCAGGAAGGACCGGCUGUGGAAGAACUUGUCCAAGAUGCAGGUCCGCUUUGGCAGGCAGGAGUUCAACUUCUUCCCUCGCACCUUUGUCCUCCCUCAGGACAUCCUGCUGCUCCGCAAGGCCUGGAAGGAUGGUUCCAGACAGAAAUGGAUCAUCAAACCUCCCGCCUCAGCAAGAGGAAUCGGAAUCCAAGUCAUUCACAAAUGGAGCCAGAUGCCACGAAAGAAAUCGCUUUUGGUCCAAAAGUAUCUGCACAAGCCCUACCUCAUCAGCGGCAACAAGUUUGACUUGCGCAUCUACGUCUACGUGACCUGCUACGACCCGCUCAGAAUCUACAUCUUCUCAGACGGACUGGUCCGAUUCGCCAGCUGCAAGUAUUCAUCCUCUAUGAAGACGCUGAGCAACAAGUUCAUGCACUUGACCAACUACAGCGUCAACAAGAAGAACUCCGACUAUCAGGCCAACAGCGACGACAAAGCCUGCCAGGGACACAAAUGGACUUUGAAGGCUUUGUGGCAGUAUCUCGGCUCCAGGGGAGUCAACACCACCUUAAUUUGGGAGAAGAUUAAAGACAUCGUCAUCAAAACCAUCAUAGCGUCGGAACCGUAUGUGAACUCCCUGCUCAAGAUGCAUGUGCGGACACCUUACAGCUGCCACGAGCUGUUCGGCUUCGAUGUUAUGCUGGACGAGAACCUCAAACCCUGGAUCCUGGAGGUCAACAUUUCGCCCAGCCUCCAUUCCAACACAGCGCUGGAUGUUGCCGUAAAGGGCCAAAUGGUCCGAGACCUCCUGAACCUGGCGGGUUUUCGUGUUCCUCAACAAGACGUCUCCAGUGGCAGCACGUCCAGCAUCAACAGCAGUCUGUGUGGUGGCAGCAGAGAGACCACCCAUCCGGAGGUCUCGGUUGAUGAGAAGGUCAAACGAGCUUUUUACCUCAAAAAGCGCUUUGCUGACCAGGCCUUCCUGGCAACGGUGUUGGACGUCAUGACCCCCUCCGACGUACGCGUGCUCGCAGAGUCCGAGGAUGAGUUGAGCCGCUGCGGGGAGUUUGAGCGCAUUUUCCCCUCGCCAUCGGCGUCUCGUUACCUGCGCUUCUUUGAGUGUCCGCGCUACCUCAACAUGGUGCUGGACCAGUGGGAGCGGAAGUACUGGAAGAACAGGAGUAAAGGUGUCAAUCUGCUCAGGACUUUGUGCCAGAAAAGAGUUCAUCUGGGUACCAGUGAUCCUGCUCAUUUGUGGUCCAAGUGUAGCAACAUGUCCAAGUUUGACCACCACAGAGAAGAACCCGUCAACCCACCCAGACCCAGGGUGGUGGUCAUUCAUCAGCACCAGGCGGAUCAAGCCGACACGGACAACGGUUCGGACGAGGACGCCUCUGUUCCCAGCCCGCCCGCCUCACAGUCAAGUCCCGGGUCUAGUGGCAGCAGCAGUGCCUGCGCCAGUCCUCAGCCCAGCCUAUAAGGCCUCUGUACCCACCACAUACACACACCAAGUUAAGGGUUUCAGCCCAUUCCCUACCCGAAGGAGCAAGCAAGAUCUCACAAUUGGAACUGGUCCUCUGGAGCUACAAAUCGAUGGCAGCUAAAUAUUUCAUAAUCCUUUACAAAACAUAGAAAUUUGGAUUCUUAUGGGGAAAACUAAUUCAUUGAACGAGCCAAAAUGUGAGUCAGUUAUACACUGAAAACGACUGCAUUGUGUUACUGUAAUGGUUUCAUGUGUAUGAGAAAUACUUUUUGGUGGCAGUGAUGCAGAUUUGCUAUGCUGCUUCCACAAAACACAGGGUCCCCUUCUGUAGAACAUCAACACUGCCACAACAUGGCUUUCUGGAGUUUUCAAACACUUGUGCUUGAAAGGCCUUAAAACUAUUGUAAAACCUCACUGAGACAUGAUUUACUGUGUCCAAGCUAUGUUGAGGCCACGCCCAGCAGUCGACAGUGUAGAUUUCUUAGUAUCUGACACACUGUGAUGCAAAGAACGUGUCACCGUGCUUAGUGCAACCAUAUCAAAUCAAAUCUACGGUGGAAUGGAUCGACUGCAAGUCAUGAUUCUAACCUUUUCUGUGUUUAAAUAAGAGAAAUUGUUUACAUUUGAAGUGAUUUCCUGACCAAGAAGGCUAGCAACAGACCUGAACUUAAUAAUCAAGUUGCCUUCAGCCUCUUAAACUACGACCUCUGGAAACGCUGUUCAAUUCUGUCGUCAGGAGUUCUUAGGAAGUUUGUUGAAAGCUGCUAAAGGUUUCCAAUGGACAACCUCGUGGACUUGUUCAGAACCCAGGAUGUUCAAAACUCAUUCUUGUUUCUGGAUGCUGCUCUUAUAGUCCUUGACCAGAACCAGCUACAGAUCAAGCACUGCACCUUUUGACCUGUUUCUGGUCCUCUGAAAAGCUUCAUAGGGAGCACCCUUAGACUUGACAAGUCUUACCACGCUUGGGUACAUGUGACACAAAACCUGGGUAUUUUGUCGUGUGUGGACACUACUGAAGUGCUCUACUGCCCACUUUUGGAGUCUUAGGCCACCACUAGUUUUAGUAAAACUUAAUAGUAGUUUAUUUUCAUAGGAUUAUGCAAAAAGUACAGACCCCAUUUUCAGGAGGUGGCAUUAAUCUAGAAUCCUAACACAGACAGACAUUCUUUGUACCAGAAAUCAGUCUGUCAAACAGAUGGACACAAAAAUGAUGGCUCAUGUUUUAUUCAUUGUUUUCAAUGUAGUGCUAAUUAAUCUUUGACAGAGUUCUACCAAGUUACAUCCUAGAUCUAUAUGGCCAUCAGGUGAGAGUUCAGCCUUGGCGAAGGUCUACCAAAAUACAUUCUAGAUCUAAGUAUGUGGUCAUAAGGUUACCGAUCAGCCUUGGCGGAGGUCUACCAAGGGACUUCCUAGAUCUGUAUGGUCAUUUGGUGACAGUUCAGCCUUGGCAAAGGUCUGCCAAGUGACAUUCUAGAUCUAUAUGGUCAUUUGGUGACAGUUCAGCCUUGGUGAAGGUCUGCCAAGUGACAUUCUAGACCUAUAUGGUCAUUUGGUGACAGUUCACCUUUGGUGAAGGUCUGCCAAGUGACGUUCUAGAUCUAUAUGGUCAUUUGGUGACAGUUCAGCCUUGACGGAAAUCUACCAAGAGAUAUUCUAGUGCUAUUAGGUCAUUUGUUGAUAGUUCAGCCUUGCCUGAGGUCCACUAAGUGACACUCUAGAUCUAUAUGGUAGUUUGGUGACAGUUCAGCCUUGGUGGUGGUCUACCAAGACACAUAGUAGAGCUACAGUAUAUGGUAAUUUGGUGACAGCCUUGGCGGAGAUCUAUCAAUGAGCAUUCUAGAUCUAUAUGGUCAUUUGGUGACAGUUCAAUCUCGGCAAAGGUCUGCUAAGUGAUAUUCUAGAUCUACGUAUAUGGUCAUUUGGUAACAGUUUAGCCUUGACGGAGGUCUACCAAUGACCAUCCUAGAUAUACAGUAGAUAGUCCAUUGGUGACUGUUAAGCCUUGAUGAGGUUUACCGAGUGACAUCUUAAAACUAUAUGGUCAUUUGAUAACGGUUCAGCCUUGAAGGAGGUCUACCAAGAGACAUUCUAGAUAUAUAUAAUGUAAUUUGGUUACCAUUCAGCCUUGACAGAGGUCUACCAAUAGACAUCCUAGAACUAAAAGGUUAAUUGGUGACCGGUCACCCCUGACAGAUGUCUACCAAUAGACAUCCGAGCUCUAUAAGGGCAUUUGGUGACUGUUCAGCCUUGACAAAGGUCUACCAAUAGACAUCCUAGAUCUAUAUGGUAGUUUGGUGACAGUUCAGCCUUGGCGGUGGUCUACCAAGACACAUUGUAGAUCUACAGUAUAUGGUCAUUUGGUGACAGCCUUGGCGGAGAUCUAACAAUGAGCAUUCUAAAUCUAUAUAGUCAUUUGGUGACAGUUCAAUCUCGGCAAAGGUCUGCUAAGUGACAUUCUAGAUCCAUAUGGUCAUUUGGUAACAGUUCAGCCUUGACGGAGGUCUACCAAUGAACAUCCUAGAUAUAUAGUAGAUAGUCCAUUGGUGACUGUUCAGCCUUGAUGAGGUUUACCGAGUGACAUCUUAAAACUAUAUGGUCAGCCUUGAAGGAGGUCUACCAAGAGACAUUCUA